CCAAUCCAGAUAUGAAGCAACAAUUGAUAAAUAGAAUAUAUUAGGUUUAAUUUGAUACUAGUAUUUAAUAUUGUUUUUCUAUAUAUUGACCAAUAUUGAUACAUUAGGUUAACGCAGCGAAUCCAUACGGAGAUAGUUCGUUUCAUUCCGAUUCUGCGUCUGUGUUGAUCGAUGCUAAGAGAGAUGUUGAAAAAGAAAUGGAGACAUUAAGAGCUUUGAAAGAACAAUACAGUGCUGGUAACACUAUCAAGCCAGAUGAAGAAAUAGAUGAUACGGAGAACGCACAGGAUUCUGUAAGUGAGGAUGAUUCCGACGAUGAUUCCGAUCGUAAAGAAGAGGACGAAGAAGAAGCGGCUAUGGGUCGAGAAUUGGAAGCGUUAACGUCUGACAUCGACGUUAAACAGCGCUUGAUACAAGAACUUGAGCUAUCUCAAAGACGUUUACAAACAAUGAAGCAGCAUUACGAGGAUAAAUUGUCUCAAUUGCAAGCACGUAUCAGAGACACUCAAGAAGAAAGGGAUAAGGUGUUGCUGUCAUUGCAGCAACAACCUGUACCGCCUACUGAAAAAGUGAAAAAAUUACGCGAUGAGUACGAGAAGAAACUCGCUAAUAUGCAAAAAGAGAUGCGACUUCUACAGUCUGCUAAAAAGGAACACGCAAGAUUAUUAAAGAACCAAUCUCAGAAUGAAAAUAGAUUGAGAGGUCUGAGAAAUGAACUUUCGGAAAUGAAGAGAGCGAAGGUAAAACUUCUAAAUAAAAUGCGAGAAGAAGCUCAGCGGCAUAAAGAAAACGAAUUGAGACGCAAUAGAGAGAUAGCACAAUUACGUAAGGAGAGUCGUAGGCAUGCAAACGUGAUCAGAACACUGGAAGCUGACAAAAGAAUGAAGGAAGUUGUUCUUCGACGUAAACAAGAGGAAGUAACGGCGUUACGAAAGAGGGAUAAAGGAUUGAGUCAAAAAGUUGCCGGUCGUGCACCAGUCAAACCGCUCAAUCUUAAAGCGUUGAAGCAAAGAUGGCAAACAUUCGAGAGAACGAUCGCUAAACAAGCAUUAGCGAAACAAGCCGCCGCAGAAACAGAAAGAGAAAUGGAAAGACUACUUCAGGAAAGGGAAGAAUUAGGAAGAGAUUUGGAAAAGCUUCAGAAACAUAGAAAUCAAAUUACAAACGCGAGAGGUGAUAUUAUUGAUAUUGAUGAAGAAAUCGAUAAUGUGGAAAGUAAAAUCAGUUAUUUACAGGAUAGUAUCGCGGAAUGUCAACGAGACAUGGUUGAGAUGGGCGAUGGUGAAGCGGAAGGUGAACCCGGUGUUGAAACGCUUAUCUCUACAAUUCGAACGGUAGACGAGGCACAGUACUUACUUCAACGGAUGCUCGCGUUUACUGUAGAACAAAGCUUCAUAGCCGCGCAAAAACAGCUCGAAGUACGAGAUAUGGAAUCACGACUUAAUCAAGUUGCACAAGAAAGCGAUGUACAACAUCAAUUAUUGGAGCACGUUCUACGCGAUAGAGAUCUCCUAUCUCUCACAAACAAUCAGAAUAACCUAUUAGCUUAUAGCCCAGCCAGCUCAAGAAGCUCUUCUCCUGACAAGUAAGUAGAGCGACAUUAUUCUUCCAUAAAUUAAGAUCUCCAA